GUGGCAUCGAGUUCCCAGCAAAACUUCAGUCAUGAAAAUUCUUUACCUGCUCUUUGCUGUCUUCUUCCUGGUGCUGCAAAGCUUUCCAGGAUUCACCCGGUCUGAUCCCAAAAACAUCAAAGAAUGUUUAAAGGCUGGGGGCAUCUGCUUCCCUUUUGGAUGUCCUUUUAGCAAACGGAUUGGACGCUGCAGCCCUGGGGUCCGUUGCUGUAAAAAAAAGGUCUCCUUUCUGGAUAUCGGUUCUGGAUAUGAAAGGCCUGCUGUCCUCAGACUCAGGGGAGUUGGUGGGAUCUGUUGUGAGUCUCUCUGGUGA